CCAAUGCAAUACUAUGUGACCGCUAAAUCACUCUCUAGUCUCCUAAAGAGACGCCCACCGCUCUCUCAACUCAGUCAAAUUCAUGCUAAAAUAAUUACCAAUUCACUCUCAGGAAAGGCUGCUUUGGUUGACUCUCUGAUUCACUGUUAUCUCAACAUUAACAAUCUGGAUGGUGCUAGAGCCUUAUUCAACCAUUACCCUUUGCCUUCACCACCAACUCUGUUAUGGAAUCUGAUGAUCAGGGCAUACUCAAAACUUCAAAAUUCGACAGAACCGUUCAAUCUUUUUAACCAAAUGAUCACUUUUGAGCACUCUCCUUUUCGGGUUUUUCCUGAUAAGUAUACAUUCAAUUUUGUGAUCACUUCUUGUUCUCACCAGAUGUCGAUUGUGUAUGGUGAAAUUGUUCAUGGGAUGAUUAUGAAAAAUGGGUAUAUAUCGGAUUUGUACGUGGGAAAUUCUGUGGUCAACUUGUAUGCUGUUUUUGGGAAAAUGGGUGACGCCUGUAAAGUUUUUGAUGAAAUGUCACAGAGAGAUGUGUUCUCAUGGACUAGUUUGGUUUGCGGAUAUGCAAAGAAUGGGGAGAUGACCAAAGCAUGUCAGGCCUUUCUAGAAAUGCCGGUGCGUAAUGACGUGUCUUGGGCUGUUUUAAUUUCAGGUUUUGUUGGAUGUAGAAGAUAUCUUGAAGCCCUCAAGUACUUCCGUGAAAUGCUGUGUGAUGGUGAAUGCAAGGUCAAGCCUAAUGAGGCUGUUCUAGUCUGUGCUCUCUCUGCUUGUGCUCAUCUUGGGGCUUUGGAUCAAGGCAAAUGGAUUCAUGCUUAUGUAGAUAAGAAUAAUAUUUUUGUUGGUUCAAAUAUUAGUACUGCUCUGAUUGACAUGUAUGCAAAGUGUGGCAGGAUUGACCUUUCAAUAAGAGUAUUUGAUGAGAUUUCUGUACCUGAUGUCCACAACUUUACGAGUUUGAUAACAGGGUUAUCCAUUCAUGGACUUGGUAGGGAUGCUUUACGUGUAUUUAAUAAAAUGUUAACUAAAAAUGUUAAACCAAAUGAAGUCACUAUUUUGGGGGUUCUGAAUGGAUGUAGCCAUUCUGGUUUAGUUGACGAGGGCUCUUCAGUUUUUGCUAACAUGGAAAGCAAUUUUGGGAUUGAACCCAAAAUUGAGCAUUAUGGCUGUUACAUUGAUUUGCUUGGGCGUGCUGGCUACUUGGAGAAGGCUUUUCAUGUUGCCAAAAGUAUGCAUGUGAACCCUGAUAUUGUCAUAUGGAGGGCAUUGCUUAGUGCUUGUAGAGUUCAUCGUGAUGUAGAUCUUGGAGAACGCAUAAUAACUCAUAUCAAGGAACACGACGCUUAUGGUCAAAGCAGAGGUGAGGUGCUACUUUCUAACUUGUAUGCUUCUCUAGGUAGAUGGGAAAGAGUUACUCAAAUAAGGAAGUUAAUUGGACAUAGAGAGAAUCAAUUGGACAUUGGGCAUAGUUGGAUUGAGGUGAAUGGUGUUGUACAUGAGUUUCGAGUUGCUGAUAAGUUGCACAUACAAAUUGCAGAGAUUCGGGAGAAGUUGCAUGAGAUUCUAGAAAGAGCUAGCCUUGUCGGGUAUGUUGCUAAUACCACUCAGGUUUCAUUUGAUUUAAGCGAGGAAGAGAAAGUGCAAGCAGUGGCUUGGCACAGUGAGAAGCUAGCUGUUGCUUUUGGAUUGAUGACAACUGUGCCUGGAACUAGUAUUCGUAUAGUAAAGAAUUUAAGAACUUGUGAGGAUUGUCAUUCUGCUCUGAAGGCGAUCUCCAAAGCUUAUGGGAGAGAGAUUAUUGUAAGAGAUCGAUCUCGUUUCCACCAUUUCAGAGAAGGAAUCUGUUCUUGCAAGGACUACUGGUAGUUGUCAUUUUGUUUAACCUUUACCGUUAGAGAUUAUAGCCAAACAAAGCUUUGGUUGGGAUCAUCCUCCGUUGCAAUUGUUCUUAAAUCUCUGAGGUGGUUUGGACUUUAUAGUUCAUCCAUGAAAAUCCACUUAGCUUUAUAACAGAAUUAAGAGGUUAACUCAGCAACCCGCAGAAGUUAUACAGCUGUCUAUAGGCUGAGGCCCAAGCUUCAUCCUCACUUAAAAAACAUCCAACAAGAGGAUACUAUUUCAGGAGAGUAACAGAUCUGCUGCUUUUUUAUUCAUUUUGUGUUCUUUUCAGUCUGCCAUUCAAUUUCAACAACUAUACAGGAAAAAAUCUGAAUUUAGAUUCGUUGCUCAGAGUCUUGUUAAGCUUUGCAGUUGAAAUAUUAGCUACUGAGUUUGAUGUCUGUGAUAUUUAUUUCAUGUCUGUAGUUCUUGCAAAUGCUAUACUUAUAUUGCUUUCGGGGAGAAACUUUAGCUGAAGCUAAUUCUUAUUUCUGUAGAUAUAAAGGGCAGAUCAUUUAUGAUUUUUUUUUUACUAGUUAAGAUCUUUUCAACAUGUAUAUGUGGUGAAAUGCCUGUCUAAUAAUUUCCCUAUUAGUUGACACCGUCCAGAGCAUUGACAUCAUCCAGAGCACAUCUUUAUGUUUGUCUUGUUUCAUGAGAAAUGCAUAAAUGUAAAAUCUGUUUUUUCCUACAAAUUAAGAAAUAUGGUUAAAGAAUUAGCAUACAUCUGCUUUGCUCUUGUUGCUGAGAUAUGCAUACUGUUGGGCUUGCAGCCCAAAGAACUGUGCGCAGCCUAAUGUCUCUAAAGUAAACUAUGUGCUGACUGCUUGAAAUCUAAUUUAAUCAUAUGAAUACCACUUCAGUAUAUGGUUAUGGUUUUCUAGUUAAAUUUUCAGAUUGUAUGGUCCGCUAACUGCACAGAAUAGAACACAAUGGAUACCUCUUGUAGAAACACUAAUUUGGCUGUUGCUGAUUUUUGCAGUUUGUAAACUCACCAAUUGGCUUCUGGGACUUGUUGAUUUUGGACUUUUUCAGAAAUACUUGUUUCAGCUUAAACCUCUGUCUAAUUUCAUCAUAAAACCUGUUUCCUUUUAACUUAGUUCAUGUAAAUGCCCAAUAGUCUUAGGAAUGUUUACUAUGGAUUGUAUAUACCACUUAUUAAAGAAUAAACUCUUUAUUCUUUUGUUUUUUUCCUUGUGACUUUUAGUUUCUUCAUUCUUUUAGGUUUAGGAAACCCUGGCUGAUGAUUCAGUUAUGCCAAUGUUUCUUCCCAUCUAUAAGAACUUUCCUACUUCUUAAAAAAUUAUUUCCAUAACUACAUCUAGCAGCCAUAUGGUGUAUAAUAGCAUAAACUGCUUAAUGGACCAAAUAUAAAAUUGGCUUAAUUCUCUUCUUAUAAUUUUCUUUUUCCUCAUUUAUAAUUGUUGAACAAGCUAAUUGGGUCAUGAAUUUAGCCUUGGUCUUGAUGAAGUAUUUGUCUAAGUUUUCCCCAAAAGAUUCUAAUUUUAGCUGUACUCUAUAUACCAUUCUAAAGUCUUAGAUUUUAAUCACAUGCUUGGCAGCUUCAUCAUGAAGAUUUCUCUGUUUUUAUUCUCAACCUUGCUGUCUAAGAGAGGAAGAAUGGAAAAGGAAAAGUUACUAUCUGCUUUACUACUGAAUCUUGGUGCACUAUGGCUCUAAAAGGAAGAGAACAAUCCUGUGGCAUCGUGGGCAGAAAAUAUGAUUCUUCUUCUUCCAGUGCAACAAAGAUGGCUGCUAUGAUUGCUCAAAGUCAAAAAUGUACAAUGAAUGAUGACUCUAGGUAUAUUAUAACCCUUGCUCAGUUGUCCCAUUGAUUGUUUUCUAUCAUGAAAUUCUUAUGUGACUCAGCUGCCAAGUAUCCUUUUCCAUCGUUUAUUGGCACCUAGGAAAGAAUAACAAUGUUGAGUAUCCACUAUACAACUUAGUGGGACUAGUACACAUUUCAUUUUGUAAACCUGUGGCUUAAGUUUAUCUUGGAGCAACUACAUGCGGCCAUUUUCUAAUUCCUAGGCACUUUGGGAAGAUUUUUUUGACUAAGUCAAAGUUGUCCUAUGAUCCUUUCAUCUAAAGUUUUACCUAAGUUAGCUUGUAA